AUGUUCAGCAGCAACAAGAUCUUCGCCGUGUGCAUCGCUGUCGUGGUGUUAUCCAGUGGCAUACACGCUGAGAAGGAAGUCGCCGAGACGUUUGGCCGUUACCGCAACCAUGGCUUGGGUGUGGUUGUUGGCGGCGGUGUCGGUGUUGGCGUAGGUGUCAACGGCGGUGUCAGAUAUGGUGCGCCGAGUUAUGUCGGCUACGGCUACGGCUACCCUGCGGGUACGUCAACUGGCGGUGUCGGAUAUGGUGCGCCGAGUUAUGUCGGCUACGGCUACCCUGCGGGUAGGUCAACUGGCGGUACAGCAGGUGCGUCGACUGGUGGUGCAGCGGCUGCGUCGGCAAGCGCCACAGCAAGUGCCUCUGCGAACGCUGGGGCUGGAAAUGGAGCCACGUACCGCAAGCUUCGCUCGGCGGCGUAA